AUGGAUACACAACUGAUGACAUUGAAUUUUACUGGCGUGGCGAUGAUAAUGCAGUAACAGGAGUAACAAAAAUUGAACUUCCACAGUUCUCUAUUGUAGAUUACAAACUUAUCACCAAGAAAGUUGUUUUUUCCACAGGUUCCUAUCCCAGGUUAUCCCUCAGCUUUAAGCUUAAGAGAAACAUUGGCUACUUUAUCCUGCAAACGUACAUGCCUUCCAUCCUGAUUACCAUCCUCUCUUGGGUCUCCUUCUGGAUCAAUUACGAUGCUUCAGCUGCAAGAGUGGCAUUAGGAAUCACAACUGUCCUCACAAUGACCACAAUCAACACCCACCUCCGGGAAACUCUUCCUAAAAUCCCGUAUGUGAAGGCCAUUGACAUGUACCUGAUGGGGUGCUUUGUCUUUGUUUUCAUGGCACUUCUGGAAUAUGCUCUAGUCAACUACAUCUUCUUUGGGAGGGGGCCCCAGCGCCAAAAGAAAGCAGCUGAGAAGGCUGCUACUGCCAACAAUGAGAAGAUGCGCCUGGACGUCAGCAAGAUUUUUUAUAAAGAUAUUAAACAAAAUGGGACCCAAUAUCGAUCCUUGUGGGACCCUACUGGAAACCUCUCCCCAACUAGACGGACUACCAAUUACGAUUUCUCUCUGUAUACGAUGGACCCCCAUGAGAACAUCUUAUUGAGCACUCUUGAGAUAAAAAAUGAAAUGGCCACAUCUGAGGCUGUGAUGGGACUUGGAGACCCCAGGAGCACAAUGCUAGCCUAUGAUGCCUCCAGCAUCCAGUAUCGGAAAGCCGGGUUGCCCAGGCAUAGUUUUGGCAGAAAUGCUCUGGAACGACAUGUGGCACAAAAGAAAAGUCGCCUGAGGAGACGUGCCUCCCAACUGAAAAUCACCAUCCCUGACUUGACUGAUGUGAAUGCCAUAGAUCGGUGGUCUCGCAUAUUCUUCCCAGUGGUUUUUUCCUUUUUCAACAUCGUCUAUUGGCUUUAUUACGUGAACUAAAACAUGGCCUCCCAUGGGAAGCAAGGACUAGAUUCCUCCUCAAACCAGUUGUACAGCCUGAUGUAGGACUUGGAAAACACAUCAAUCCAGGACAAAAGUGAUGCUAAAAUACCUUAGUUGCUGGCCUAUCCUGUGGUCCAUUUCAUACCAUUUGGGUUGCUUCUGCUAAGUAAUGAAUACACUAAGGUCCUUGUGGUUUUCCAGUUAAAACACAAGUGAUUUGUACACAUGCUGGCAAGACAGCCUGAGUGCUCCAUGUUGUCUGUUUAGUAUGCAGCCUGCUCAGAGGGGAAUAAUUUGGAAGAUAUUUUCAGAAGGCUCAAUAGCAUUGUCACUCAUUUGGCCAGAUACUCCCCAUCUUCCUUUUUAAGGUUGGCGUGCUGUUGAGAUGGCAUUGUGCUUAUGAAACAUUGUCUGUAAUGCCAUGCAAACAUGUUACUUGAAGAUGAUCUGUGCCUGUCUUAUUAAAAUGAUAAUGGUGUCAUGGGAAGAUUAUUCCCACUAGAUUCUAAAGGAUUCUCAUGUGAUUGGAGCAGGCUAGGGGAAUCAAGACAGAGACUCAGGAAGCUGAUUUGGCCAAUCUCUUUGCUUGAGCACAGAGAAUCAACUAUGGUGUCUUUCAUCUUGGCAUUUAGAGGUGAGGAGACUUCUGAACAUUAUCGUGCAUGGUGGCCAAGGAAAUUUUUGCUAAAAAGCUAUUUCCUAGGUGGUUAAAGUAAGAGUUAACAACACAGAGCAGAGUAGAGAAUCAGAAACGACCAUUGUAACAAAAAUCAAGCAAGCAAGCAAGCAUGACCCUUAUCAGUUCCACACAGCAUCGGGUCUAUACGUACUGUGUCUAGUGGCAAAGGGCGAGUAAGAGGGGUUGUUUUUCCAACAUCACAAGCUUUGACAGCAUACCUAAAGAGGUUUUUAUAGUUUAAUCAAAGAUAGCCAUGAAAUACAAAACUUAGAGAAAUGAGAAUUGUAUUAGAUAUUCAGGUUAGAUUCAGAGUCAUUCAAAUAUACAAAUAUAGAGCACAAACUAGCAAACAGAUUGUUUUUCUCAGACUAUGUCGGCUGUCUCUGCAAUUUUUGUCCCUAUAAUUUUACUUCUGAAUUUAAUAGGGUAUUUCAAGAGAAGGAUUUGUUCAUCACUUUAAAGAAUUCAUGGUCCUCUCCAGCUUUUUGGCUUCCAAAAUUCUGAUUAUAUUUUUAGGAGACUGGCAAAGUACGGCUUUGGAGAGAUUGAGUGAACUAUAUUUUCUUAUGUGCAAUGAAAUUCACAAUUCUAUUUUCCACAGCAAACAAUACUUCAAGGAGUAUGAACACAAGGAGAGUUAAUUUGUGAGUUCAUUGAGUUUGGGCUUGAUUUUCUUAAGAGUGCUUUGGUUGUAUGUAUUGGAAUCUGCCUAAUCAAGGAAAAGAUGAAAACUAGUGGAAAAUGACAACAAAGCCACAUUAACAUGAUAAAUGUUAUGAGCCUCAGUUGGUAUUGCAGAAAAAUACGUAACUGUUAACCAGGCAGACAUGAUGGCUUUUUUUUUUCUGCUUUUAAAUUAUGUCAUUGUGCUUCUUUCCAUACUAAUUGGAUAUAUGCAUUCAUAUGUUGGACAGGAAAGAGAAUAAGCUAAUAUGUCAUACUUCCAUCAAUAUGAGGUUUAUAUAUUGCUUUUCUUAUACAAAAUAGCGAAUUGCUAAAUUUUCCUUCAAGUUUAAUUUGACUGAAUAUUUUCUUGGAAGAUGACUUUGCUAUUUCAUUUUAAAAACAAAGAAACCUCUUCUUUUUAGAGUAACAUCCCUAAUUGUGCAUAGUAACCAGUAUCUGCCUGUGGAUAAUGUAUGUUUUCUUGAUUUCUUAUUUCCUUUAUGAUUCAGCAGCUUGGAAUAUGAUGGAGUACUAUUGUCCUUGCAUUCCAACUGUCCAAGAAAAACAACCUUUAUCCUUCAGCUUUCUGAAUUUGCCCCAAAAUGGGAUGGUAUUUUUGUUUCACCAAUGUAGGAAACCUUGGCUCUUAUGUUUUGGUUACAUAAUCUUGAACACCUCUAAGUAUAAUCUUUGGGCAGAAUCUGACCAAGAUUCUUCUCAUAGGCUCGGAGUAGAGAUUCCUCAUGUUUCUUCAGGGACAUACUUUCUCCUAGGCAAUCAUUUUGGGGCAUCACACUAAGUAAAGUGCCUGCCCCUUGUAACCAGGGGGUAAAGUUUGAAUAAAAAACAUCAGGAAGGAGCAUAUAGAUAACUCAGGGGAACAACUCCAAAAUGCCAUUCUGAAAAGGCUCUUCUAUAGACAACUCAGAGCCCAAGUGUAGAAGGAGCCUCUUAUGUGCAACCACUGUACAAGCCAUAAAAAUCUUUGAUAUUGCCAUUUAUGAUUAUAAAAAAAUUUUAGAUGUCAAAGGAAGUCAACAGAGCAAUCAAGAACAAAGUGAAGAGAAGCAUCUUUGCAGUUUGAGCCUCAAAAGCAUAUAACCAGGAAUUAAUUUCUGCUCUCAGUGAUAAGAAACAAGACAAAGGAGAAAAGAUGGGACCUUAGAAGCAAUGCCAUAGAGUGAAAAGCAUACAUUGGCACUCAGUAACCACAGAGAUAGAAACAACUGACUCAUCAUCUCCAGAAAUAACCGUAGAUGUAGAAUUUAUUCUUAAAUAUAUGUUUGGUUGAAUUGAAAUGCAGUCAUCAAAUGUGAGGAGGGGGGCUAGACCUGAUAAGUCUAGGAAGACCAGUCAGCUUGAUAGCCAGUUGUUAAACUAAAGGACCACAAAGGUGUGUUUUAGUAGUUCUGAUAUGGGAUUACUAUCAGUUUAUACAUAUGUAUAGAUUUUCUUUUGAUUAUAAACAGCCAGAUAGCCAGCAAUUAAGGUGUUUUUUCAUCUUUGUGAAAUUCAUAGACAAAUUCUGACUCUAAAAUGCACAGUCUACAUGAAAAUCUUUGAUCUCAAUCUGUAUAUAUAUAUAUUGUACAUGACUGCUAGUAGGUAUGAAAUGCAUUUCAGAAUUGAAAACUCAUGCAACAUAAUCAUGUGUUUGCAUAAGGAAUGUUAAAAUUCUUUCUACUGCAAUUUAUUAACAGGGGAAAAGACUCAAGCAGUGCCAUCUAGACCUUUUCUCUUCUCAUUUCUACAAAAGCAGUGCUAAGUAAAAUAAUAAUAAUAAUAAAAACGGUUUAUGAACCAAAAGACUUUACAUUCUAGAAUUAGGAACACACAAAAAAUCUGUCAGCUUGCAAAAGCACAACAUGUAAAGAAAGAGCAGUGGAAUGCAUAAUGGGGAAAUGAAUCACAUUUAUAUAAAGCAAGACCUACAUUAAAUUGGCAACUAAGACAAUUUCCAUUUUCUAUAGGUAACUGUGUUCCAGUUUAAUGAUUACCUUCAUGCUCAACAACAAAAACAGCAAUGCAACAUUAACAAAAACAGGUCUUACAACAUAUCUACAUGUAUAUAUGUGUAUAUAUAGAUCCAUAUAAACAUACAUACAUAUAUAUGUAUUCAUAUGUUGGAAAACAAAAGGAAUAAGCUAAUAUGUUUUGUUUCCUUCAUUAAACCAGUAUAUGAGUAUUUUUAAUUUGGCAACCAAAAGUCAACACAUUGAAAUAAGUAAUACAGGGUACUGAGCAUUUCUCUAUCAGCAAAUCAAUGCCUACAGUUUUUAUGAACCAUUGCACAGUUUAACUCGACAAUAGUACUGUACCCCAGAACAUCAGAAGUUAAGUAGUUGUCACAUUGCUUGUCCAAUUGCUCUCUUUUUUAAGGUAACAAAUAACGUUGUCCAUUGGUGAUUCAAAAACAAAAAUGUCUUAAGAAAAUGAAAAAUGAUAAAAAUUCCUCCAUAGAGGAAGAAAAAAAAAUAACUAAACCUCACCAUGUUGGUUAGGGUGAAAUACUAAGUACUCAAAACUGUAGCAAUCAUGCCAAUUGGCUAAAUGUACAGAGUACAUGUAAUGUGAACAACCAUAACUUUCACUGAGCGUGUGUAAAUAUUAAAACAGAUUUCUUAAAUAUUUUUAACUUCUAAUUUGUAUUUUAUGGUAAGGCAAUGUGCUAAUUCUGUUUAUGGCUUAAAUUGAUGUGUUAUAAUAUGUAAAUAAUUAAACAUGCUGUAAAUGAAUAGUCAAUAGAUACAAAUAAUUGUUUAGUUUUUUUCUUAAUUUUUAUUUAUUUUUUACAAAGUACAGUUACUGCAGUGACCCCAGCAGAGUAAUUUAAACACCCUUUUGUAUAAAUGGUUUGGGAAUCCCAGACAGAAGGGUUUCAGUUUGCUAUCACACACACAGUCACAUGCAGUCACACACACACACUCAAACACACAUAAUCUUUUGCUCACCCACACUGUCUCUCUCCCCCUCUAUGGGAAACACUCUACUGUUUAUGUAGUCAAUGUAACAACCAGAGAUAGCCUUAGAAAUGGCAAUUGGGAAAAGCAAAGAUGAUCAUUGAUAACUUAAUAGAGUUUUUAUAUGUCAGAGUUCAAGAAACCAAAGUUUGCAACUUAAAUCUCAGUUUUCAGAGUAAAAGUUUGUAUAGAUGGCACUACAGAAAAUAAAAAUGUUUAUUCCUACCAGCUCCAGAAAUGUGUUACACAGAAUACAUACUAGAAGACUUUUUUUUAAUAAUAGUAUUUUGUCCUUAGGUAGUACUGUUCCUUUCAACCAAAGACUCCAGAAUUAUUGAAAAACAAAAAAGGAAAGAAAAAAAAAAAACAAGAAAAUGGGGGGUGGGGGAAGGACGCUGCUUCACACCAAAGGUUUAAAAAAUAUUUUCCAAAUGCACUAGGAACGUUGUAAAAAAACAGAAAGUAGUGAACAGAAUGCUAAUUAAGAUACUGCCCUAGAGAAAUCCUUUUUUUUUUUUUUUUUUUUUAAAGCAGCACUUGUAAAAAGCUAUUCAAAUUUGGAAAUUGAAGUAGAAUAUUUCUGUAGAUAUAUGCAAAAUUCUGACAUAAAAUUUUAAUUUGCUUAGAGAAGUUUUAUUUGUAAUAAAGAUAAAUGUGAUUCAAAUGAUGAAAAACAAAACUUUAUGUUCUUUGAGUUCCCAAACCAAAUGUCACUCCCCUGUCACAUCCCCUAACCUGAUGCCCGUGUGUGUCCUUGCACCAUUUGAAGCAAGUUGACAGUUCCAUCAGUUUUUGUUUUGUUUUGUUUUGUUUUGUUUUGUUUUGUCUUUUCUUUUCUGGCUCAAUAAUUUGAGUUCAGCCAUGGUCAUUUUAAACAUAAUUAAUUCACACAAAGUUGCCUAUAAUUUAAUUUAAAUCUCAUAGCUUUAAAUUUUUUUUUGCAUGGGUGUUUAAAUAGUUCUGUUAUGAAUAUUGUCCCUGCACAGUUCUAAAUUGCCAUUUUAUUUUAAAAAGUGAUAUUCUAGUUUCUUCACAAUGUAGUGAUCAUCAGCCUUACUAAUUACCUUGUAGCCUUUCUUAAUAUGCACAUAAUGCACAUUUUCCAAUGGCUAGAAAAAUGCAAAAUACAAUGGAUAUCAUUGCAUCUAUUUUCAUGUCUUUCUAAAAACAGAACUACUAAAAUCUCUGGGAUACAUGAGAUAGUAAAAAAAUGAGGAUUAUAAAUGAAUAGCACAUAAGAAUUAUUUUCUUGAAUUUAAACUUAUUGCAGCCAGUUUCAGCAUGUAAAUAUAUAAUAAUGUUGGCUAGUGUGUAAUUCUUGAACUAAGAAAUAUAAAUAAAAAUAAAAAGAU